AUGGUAACCCCACCAUUAACUACUUCAUUUAUGAAUUUCAUAGUAAUAGAAAUACAUGUCCUACCGAGACAGAAUUUGCAAUUUGCUAGCCUCUUGCCUAGCAGGCAAAGAUUUACCUACGCGGAAAGGAUGAUUCAUUCGGAUCGACAUGAGAGUCCAACUGCAUUGCCAGAAUCCAUGUUGUAUAUUUUCUAUUUGAAAGAGGUUGACCUCCUUGCUUCUCUCGUGUACACGCCGAGCCCCUUUUCUCCUCGGCCCACGGAGACAAAAUGUAGGACUGGUGCUAACAGUUCAUCACGGAAGAAAGGACUCACUAAGCCAGGAUCACUAACUAAUCUAAAUCUAAUCUAA